CAUAUCAGCACAUACAACUCUCAUCUCACCCUCAGACGUGCUCAGACUAAGGACAUACUUCUUCUGAAGAUUAUCAAAAUGGAGUUCUGCUUUGGAUUACUUCAGACCCGCAGGUCUAACACCUCAUGGAUCAGCUUAACCUUUCUUUGCUCAAUGCUGUGCAUGUGGACUAGAGUGGAGUGCUGGUCCUACUACUACUCUGACACCGUCAUGAAUUGGGAAAAUGCCAGAGCCUGGUGCCAGGAGAACUACACAGACAUGGUGGCCAUCCAGAACCAGGAGGAGAUCGGGUAUCUCAACAGCUCUCUGCCCAGGAAAGUCUACUACUACUGGAUCGGGAUCCGCAAGGUCAAUAAGGUAUGGACCUGGGUAGGAACCAACAAGAGUCUUACAGCAGAAGCAACCAACUGGGCAAAAGGCGAACCAAAUGGCAGGAAUAAAAGGCGUAAGAUGGAAAAUGAGGACUGUGUGGAGAUGUACAUUAAAAGGGAGUCGCAGCCGGCCAAGUGGAAUGAUGAGAGGUGCGGGAAGCUGAAGACCGCUCUGUGCUACUCAGCUGCCUGUAAAGACAACAUGUGCCGCUAUGGAGACUGCGUAGAAACCAUCAACAGCCACAAGUGUGCUUGCUUUGAAGGCUUUUACGGAGAUAAGUGCGAGCAAGUUGUGAAAUGUAACGCUGAGGAAGUGAAAGUUCCAGAUAAAGGAAGUGUAAACUGUACUCACACGUUUGGAAACUUCUCCUACGCCUCCGUGUGCCAGUAUUCCUGUGAGGAAGGAUACCAGCUGAGUAUGUCAAAACACUUGACCUGCACAGCGUCCAAACAGUGGUCAGAGCAGCCUCCUACAUGUGAAUUGGUCCAGUGUGAGCAGAUGUCUAGUCCAGCGAGAGGAUCCAUGAAGUGCUCCGGUCCUCUGGGCUCCUCCAGCUUCCAGGCCACCUGUGCGUUUACCUGUGAUGAAGGCUAUGUACUCGCUGGUUCCCAGUCUAACACUCUGCAAUGUGAAGCGUCAGGAUUAUGGAACGACUCAAAGCCGUUUUGUGUUGGUGUCCAGUGCCCGUAUCUGCAGGAGCUAGAUAACGGCGUUGUCAGCUGUGAAGGCGAUGCAGAUGUGAGGUUCAGCUACGGAAACACCUGCAGCUUCAGCUGUGCUCCCGGCUACCACCUGGUGGGACCGAGCAGGGCGACAUGCACGUCAGCUGCUGAGUGGAGUGAGAGGAUGCCUCGCUGCGAAGCCAUCACUUGCCAAAAUCCAGAAGGAGACGCUCACAUCAUCACCCAGUGCAGCCAACAUUUGACUGAGCUGCGGCCGGGCUCCACCUGCAGCUUCAGCUGUGAAGCAGGCUUUGAACUGCAGGGAGCGCACACCACUCAGUGUUCUGAGGACGGACAGUGGAGUAAAGUCUUACCUACCUGCACAGUGGUCCAGUGUGAGCAGAUGUCUAGUCCAGCGAGAGGAUCCAUGAAGUGCUCCGGUCCUCUGGGCUCCUCCAGCUUCCAGGCCACCUGUGCGUUUACCUGUGAUGAAGGCUAUGUACUCGCUGGUUCCCAGUCUAACACUCUGCAAUGUGAAGCGUCAGGAUUAUGGAACGACUCAAAGCCGUUUUGUGUUGGUGUCCAGUGCCCGUAUCUGCAGGAGCUAGAUAACGGCGUUGUCAGCUGUGAAGGCGAUGCAGAUGUGAGGUUCAGCUACGGAAACACCUGCAGCUUCAGCUGUGCUCCCGGCUACCACCUGGUGGGACCGAGCAGGGCGACAUGCACGUCAGCUGCUGAGUGGAGUGAGAGGAUGCCUCGCUGCGAAGCCAUCACUUGCCAAAAUCCAGAAGGAGACGCUCACAUCAUCACCCAGUGCAGCCAACAUUUGACUGAGCUGCGGCCGGGCUCCACCUGCAGCUUCAGCUGUGAAGCAGGCUUUGAACUGCAGGGAGCGCACACCACUCAGUGUUCUGAGGACGGACAGUGGAGUAAAGUCUUACCUACCUGCACAGCAAUGGGAUGUCCUGCUCCUGAGAUCCCAACAGGAGCCCAGAUCAGCUGCAGCCUUUCUCUGUCUUCACCUGCUUCUACCGUGACCCCCCAUCCGCUUGGUAAGGUCUGCACGUUCAUCUGUGAUGAAGGCCAUGAGCUGCAAGGUGCACCCAGCAUGGAGUGCGCAAAUCUAGGCCGGUGGAGCUCCACACCACCAAGCUGCACAGCAGUGAGAUGCCCAUCGCUCGAGGCUCCUGAAAACGGUGACGUUAACUGUUCCAACGCCGAGCCGGUGUACAACUCACAGUGCUCCUUCACCUGCAAUCAAGAUCACUCACUAGACGGACGUGACCUGCUGACCUGUGAUCGUCAUGGCAAUUGGACUGGAGAGAGACCCAACUGCCAAGCUCCAGUGUCACAGAUGUCUGCCAUUGUUUCUGGUUCGGCAGUAGGGGGCGCUCUGUCAUUAACCGGUCUGUCUCUGGCAAUAUGGAUCCUAAAACGACUGAGGCAGAAAGGCUCCAAGUUUGAGCUAAACAGCAACUCUGACAUAGAGGAUCCUCCACAGGUCUACAAAAACAGCAUCGAGAGCCUCAUCUAGUGGGACAACGUGGGACACUUUUAUACAUCAGUUAGCUGUGAACAAUAUGAAACAUUUGUACAUAACUUCUUAAUUUAUAUUUAUGCUGAGAAUAAAUGUUUUCAGACCUUUGCGUUUGAUUAUUCUAUUUUGUUUUGUUGAAUUUCAUGAUGAUUUGUGAUGUUCCGACAUUUAUUUCCUCCAAAAGGGGAGUUUUACAUAGAACACAUUGUUCUACAGCUUUUAUGAGCGUGCUGGAAAGAUGACUCUAUUCAUGUUAUUGUAGAUUGCCAUGUCAUGAGUAUUUAGGUACUAUUUAUUGACAGAUGCUUAAUGCUAAUAAUUUGUAUUUCUGUAUGUUUAAAGCAGUGCUUUUAUUAUUAAUAAAACUUUAAACUAUCA